AUGAGUAAAGACAAUAUCAAGCACAGCCGCAAGAUGAGGCUUUGGAAUCCAGCAGAUAGAAUUUCAGAUGAGCCUUUGAAAGAAGGCGAUGAAUAUUCUAUCUGUGAGCAGUUUUUUAGAAAAACCAAUAGCAUCGAGAACGAGGUUGUUUACAUUCCAGACAUUUCAAAGGACUAUGUUAUGUCAAACGCCUAUAGCUACGAGCCUUUUGAUUUCUAUGAAUUCUGCAAUAGAGACCAUUGUAUUGAGACAUUGAAAUGUUUAAGAUUGCGCAUGCAAGUCUUUGAGCUUUUGGAGUAUGCUAGGAAUGAAU